AUGACCACUUCACAAUUUGCUAGUUCCGAAGACAACACCGGCGGAAGUGAUGACCACUUCACAAUCAUUGCUAGUUCCAAAGACGACACCGGCGGAAAUGAUGGCCACUUCACAAUCUUUGCUAGUUCCAAAGACGACACCGGCGGAAAUGAUGGCCACUUCACAAUCUUUGCUAGUUCCAAAGACGACACCGGCGGAGUGAUCACCGCUUCGCAAUCUUUGCUAGUUCCAAAGACGACACUGGCGGAGUGA